AUGUCUCAAGAAUUCAGUGAAGAUUUAUACUGGCGUAUAAUUUACCUUCAUGCUGAUGGUUUGUCAACUGUGAAUAUUGCCAAUACAUUGCGUUUGAGUAAAGGCGUUAUAAAUAAGAUAAAAAAGAGAUAUAACCGUUGGGCAUGUGUUACAAAUCCUUUCAAAGGUAUUCCUGACCGAAGAAAACUAUUUAGCAGAAGAGAUAUAACUUUACUCAGAAGUCUUGUUGGAAAAAAGAUAGACUGGUAUUUAGACGAAUUAGUAUAUGAAAUGGAAUGCCUAACAGGGAAAAGAGCGUCUAUUGCAACUCUUUGGAGGUCACUUCAAUAUUUAGGAAUUACACGAAAAAAGUUACAAAAAGCAGCACUAGAAAGAAAUGAAAUUGUACGAGCAUAUUAUUUAGCUACAAUUAGUGCUCCAAAAAAAAUCCGAUCUGAUCUGGGAUCCGCAGAUUUGAUCCGAGUCAGAUCGGUUCGGUUUUCAAAAUUUUGA